AAACGACAUCGUAUCCCGCGUCAAGCAGAAAUAAUAUUGUCAACCGUCCGAUGGUCGCAUGCAGCCCCUCCACCCUAGGAUACAUCUGCAGCAUAUCUGAAACUUCAAAUAACCCUCAAAAACCCUAAUCACACCGCCGAGCUUCUUCCGUCGCCCCGUCUUUCCAUCUUAUCUCGGAAGUCGAGCAGAGAGGAUUAGAAGCACGAACAACCGCCAUGGGUAAGGUUCACGGAUCGCUGGCUCGAGCGGGUAAGGUGAGAGGUCAGACACCGAAGGUAGCAAAGCAAGAUAAGAAGAAGAAGCCACGAGGCCGUGCCCACAAGCGCAUGCAGUACAACCGCCGAUUCGUGACCGCCGUUGUUGGAUUUGGUAAGAAGAGGGGACCCAACUCAUCAGAGAAGUAAGCCUGAAAUGUAAGGGACGAGAUUGAAGUAGACCAAUUUGGGUCUUUUUGAAGCAUCAUCUUGCAGAUUCUCAAUAGUGUUCAAGAGAUGAAUUUCGUUUUAGUUUCAAUUUGAUUUGUUGAGUAUGUUUUGAAUGAAGCACAAUGAAGCAGGUUAAGUUUUGAAAUCACUUAAACUAAAGUACAUUUGCUUUAUAUAUUUGUUUUCAAUAUUGACUUGUGAUAUUGUCAAUUAUAUACCACGUAAAAAAUUUGCCAA